CGGCGGCGAGCAAGGGGACGGGGGCGUGGGAACCAAGUGGCAGCGGGGAGCGCGCCGGCCGGGCGGCCCAACAAUUCGCCAAGUCCGGGCUCCGGACGCACCGAGACAGAGAGACAGAGGAGCCGGUCCCGGCAGGGCUCCAGCUGCACUUGGAGCAACUCCGUGCUGGGGGGGAAGCCCCCGGAGCUGCCCCUUGCCCUGGGUUGGGCGGCCGGAGUCGAGCCCCCGGACCGGCCGCCCCGCUCGGGAAGAUGAGCACGCAGCUGGACCGCCUGUCGGUCGCCUCGUCCCGCUCCGGCUCGUCCCUGGGGCCGGCGGGGACCGGCGCCCGGCUGCUGUCGGCCAACGUGAGAAAGCUGCACCACGCCUUGAACCUACUUCUGAGCGACCCCGAGCGGGAGCAGUUCAUCCACUGCCUGAACGUCUACCACUCCCGGCGCAACGUGUUCGACCUGGUGCAGACCCUGCGGGUGCUGCUCGACAGCCCCGGCAAGCGCCAGCUGCUGCCCAUGCUGCGCCUGGUCAUCCCCCGCUCCGACCAGCUGCUCUUCGACCAGUACACCUCGGAGGGUCCUUACCUAAGGGCCGGUCCCCCGGGCCCGCCGGACGCCGCCGCCCCGGGCCCGUUCGCCGGCCACGGGGAUGAUGAUGGGCACGGAGAUGAUGAUGGGCACGGGGCCGGCCCGGCCUCGUCGUCCCGGGCCGGGCGUCCGUCCCAGCCGGACUUCAGGACCGGCCCCGCGGGGUCAGUUCCCGCCGCCCUGGCCCUGGCCGGCCUGCGCGGAGAGGUCCGCCAGGUGACCCUCAAGAGGAGCCGGCCCAACGAGGGGCUGGGCUUCAGCAUCCGCGGCGGCUCGGAGCACGGCGUGGGCAUCUACGUGUCCCUGGUGGAGCCCGCCUCCCUGGCCGAGAAGGAAGGGCUCCGGGUCGGCGACCAGAUCCUAAGGGUCAACGACAAGUCGUUGGGCCGGGUGACCCACGCCGAGGCCGUCAAGGCGCUGAAAGGGUCGAAGAAGCUGAUCCUGUCCGUGCACUCUGUGGGUCGCAUCCCGGGCGGCUACGUCACUAACCACAUCUACACAUGGGUUGAUCCACACGGGCGGAGUGUCUCGCCACCCUUGGGACUGCUCCAGAACCCAAACAGCUCUCUGAGGCGGCAGGAUGGUGAGAGGAGGAGUGCCCUGCAGCUUCUACAAGAUGGGGAUGAAAAGAAGGUGAACCUGGUACUGAGCGAAGGAAGGUCCCUAGGUCUCAUGAUAAGAGGAGGAGCUGAAUAUGCACUGGGGAUUUACAUCACCGGCGUGGACCAGGGUUCUGAAGCAGAAAGUGGAGGCUUGAAGGUGGGAGACCAAAUUCUGGAGGUGAACGGGAGAAGUUUUCUGAGCAUUCCCCAUGACGAGGCUGUGAAGCUGCUAAAAUCAUCACGACAUCUCAUCAUGACAGUGAAGGACAUUGGGAGACUGCCCCAUGCCCACACCACUGUGGAUGAGACCAAGUGGAUCGCCAGCUCCCGGAUUGGAGAGUCUCUGGGGAACUCAGCAGGGAAAACUGGAGCUCUUCUGGCAGAAGGGAUAGGAAAGCCUGUCUUUUAUAGGGGGCUGACUGGGUCACAGGUCACGCUGAGCAGCAUGGCGAACCAGACACGGGUGAUGCUGGAAGAGCAAGCCCGACACCUGCUGAACGAGCAGGAGAGGGCCACUCUGGCCUACUACUUGGAUGAGUACAAGGAAAACAACAUCCCCGUGGAUGCCCUCGUCAUGGCUUUCUUCGAGCUACUCAACACCCACGCUAAGUUUUCCCUGCUGUCUGAGGUCCGAGGGAUUAUCUCCCCACACGACCUCGAUCGUUUUGACAACCUGGUGCUGAGGCGGGAGAUCGAGUCCAUGAAGGCCCGGCAGCCCUCUGGCACCGAUUCCUACUCGGUGGUGUCCUACAGUGAAACCGGCUCCUCCACCGGCAGCCACGUCACCUCCACCACAGUCAGCUCUGCCCGGGAGCGGCUCUUGUGGCUAAUAGACCUUAUGGAGAACACUUUGGACCUGGAGGAGACGGGAGAGAGGGUCCAAGGCAGUAUGAAUGCCCUCCCGGACAUCGCCUUGGAUGAUGUCACCUCUCUCUCUGAGGAGCCACCCAACUUUAAGCCCUCCCCUCCUCCGGCUCAAGGCCCAGACCAGCCAACAAAGCCCGGAAGCGAUGACCCCCUCCAGCGCCCUUCCUCCGGCUCCUCUCAGUCAGGGCUCUUCUUCACAGCCUCCCUGAACCUCACACCGCCCACCAGCCACCCGGAUGGGGACACCACCAGUACCGCCUCCACCGCAGCCACUUCGUCCCCAGAGGAGUCUCCCGCCAGCCCCAUCUAUGCCACUGUUUCUUCAGCCAAGCAGAGCUCCAAGAGGUCACUGGACACCCACCUGUCGGUCAUCAACCAGAAUCCGAUUGGCCCAUUCCCUAGGGUCCAGUCUCCAUCCCAACCAAAGAGCGGGUCCCCUGAAACACCUCUUGCCAGCAACCUCCCAAGCCCUCUUCCGGCCCCGGUGUCCCCCGAGCAGACCAGCCCCCAGUCUGGAACCAAUCAGCACUUUGUCAUGGUGGAGGUGCAUCGGCCCAACGGGGAACCGGACGUGAACGAAGUGAGAUCCCUGCCCCAGGCCAGAGCAGCCAUCCUCCCACUGUCACCUCCAGCAGCCUCCACGCUCUCCCAGCUGUCCGACAGCGGACAGACGCUCAGCGAGGACAGCGGCGUAGACAUCGGGGAGUCAGAGGCCAGCGGCAAAGACAAAGCCCGUCAGCCCAUCUCCAUGAAAGGACGGAGCCCCAGGGAGCCCUUGCCGAGUGAGGGAGAAGCAGAGGCAGCCUCCAAACCACCUGGCCUGCUGGAACCCACGUCGUGUUUGAUCCGGGUGGCUAAGAGUGCAGCCACCCUGGGGAUCGCCAUUGAGGGUGGCGCCAAUACCCGCCAGCCUCUGCCUCGCAUCGUCACCAUUCAGCGGGGUGGAUCUGCCCACAACAGCGGAAAGCUGAAGGUGGGCCAUGUGAUCCUGGAGGUGAACGGCACCACGAUGAGGGGGAAGGAGCACCGGGAGGCUGCCCGCAUCAUCGCCGAGGCCUUUAAGAUGACAGACAAAGACCAUGUGGACUUCCUGGUCACCGAGUUCAAUGUGAUGCUAUAGGGCAAAUGAUCCAGGAGGCAGAGCCAGGCGAGGAGGGUGGUGGGUCAGGAAGGUAGGGCUCGCAAAGCCAGUUGGGCUGAGGUUCUGAUGAGCCCAGUGCAGGCUGGAGUGUGCACCUGCACAACUCCUUAUCAUCCCGACUCUUCCAUCCAGAUCUGCUGAUGUUCCUCCAAGCACAAGUGCGUAUACACACACACACACACACACGCACAUACACCCCCUCUCCCUGCGCAUUGUCUACCUACACCUCCCCCAGUCCCUUCCCCCAGCUGGGCCCUCCAGACCCCCAGUCCAGCCUCCCCCACCCCAAUCCACACCUGGCCAGGACCAGCCUACCUAACCCAGACCAGUGCUCCCCCCUGCCCCACCCAGGGCCUUGUGGUCUGCGGGGCUGACCGGUAAGAGAUGAGAUCCUGUCAUCGGAGGCUGAGGGGCCAGAGUUGGAGGCAGGGUCAGAGGCAGAGAGACAGAGGUGCUUGGCAGAAAAGAGGAGAUACUGGAUCAGGAGCAGUAAAGGAAGGCUUGGAGAGUGUAGACUAAGGCAGACAGAAGAGAGAGGAUGAGCAGAGUCUCAUUCUUCUCCCCCCUCUUCCACCCUCAUCAGCCCACCCAGCGGCCUGGCCUCCCAGGCCUCUGCCUUGGACAUGGGCUGCACUUGAGGUCUUUUCUUUCAUCAUUCCCAAUACCCCCUCAGUUUGGGCAGAAGGACCCCCUGUCCCUCAACCCCCUGCUGGACCUCAGCCCCUACCCUCCCUACCCUGUGCCGCCCCCCCCCCCCAAUGCUUGAUCUUCCCUGAGAGAGAGUAUGGGACCUCUGAGCCCUAUGGGGUUGCUGAGACCUGGCUUCCCAGGCCUUCUCCCUCUGCUUGCAGAAGGCAGGAUCGGGAUCAGGGGCCGGGGGGUGAGGAAAUGGGACCUGGGGACUCCUGGCUCUGAGCCCCUGUUCUUCAUGGGCGGUCCCUGGGCAUCAUUCACAGAUCUCAGUGCCUCAUGCUUGGCAGUAAACAACCCCAGGCCCCAGCCGCCCCCACUGCUCAGAUCAUUGCUCAGUCCUCUGAUUUACUAGCUCUUUCCCUUCCACUCCACCUAGUGCACAUCCGCCAGCUCCGGAUCCCACACCCCUCCCCCUAUCCCUCCACCCACCCUCGCCCACAGCCUAACAACGGAUGCCUUGUAAAUGCCCCGCAAUGUCAUUGUAUUUAUAUAAAGAGCUUGUGACUUUAAUUUUUCAAUAAA